AUGAAAAUCUACACGAAAACCGGUGACAAAGGCACUUCAAGCUUGUACAAUGGCGAACGUCGCGACAAGGACGAUCUGAUCUUUGAAGCUCUUGGCACUACCGAUGAGUUGACCUCCCAUAUUGGUCUUGCAUUGGAAUACUGUGAGGAAUUGAAGUUGGAAACCGUUUGCAAGCAGCUUGAGGAGAUUCAAUGCCGUAUGCAGGAUAUUGGUGCCAAUGUUGCCACUCCUCGUGAGCGAUCCAAUGAGAGAAAAUUGGGAAAGACCAUCUUUGAAUCUCAUCACGCCGAACAAUUGGAAAAGUGGAUUGAUGCCAUGACCCUUGAACUUCCAAAAUUGACCAAGUUCAUCUUGCCAUCUGGAGGAAGAGCAAGUGCUAGUUUGCAUGUAGCAAGAACCGUAUGUCGACGUGCCGAAAGACGUGUUCAACCUCUUGUACGCGAACAUUUGUGUGAUGACACCGUUGCCAUUUAUCUCAACCGAUUGAGUGAUUACCUUUUCACUGCAGCAAGAUAUGCAGCUAUGAAACAAGGCAAACCCGAAAUCAUUUACAAGUAA